UGAUUCCUAACCGAUAAAAUGGAUGGGGCAAAUAGGGAUGACAGAUCCACGUUCGUUGUUCACUUUCAUUAGUUUUCUCAUAUCUACUCAUUUAUCUUAACAGAAUAACAUUACCGAAUUUUAUUCUGCUUUAAUUCAAAAUGGUUGAGGAACAAGGAGUUCAGAUUCUUAAAAAAAGGACCUUCAGGACCUUUAAAUACCGUGGGUAUGAAUUGGAAAAGCUUUUGGAAAUGCCCAUUGAUAAGUUGACUGAAUUACUUCCUGCUAGACAACGCAGAAGAUUCAGCAGAGGGGUCAAAAGACAAUCAUUAACACUAUUAAAGAAGCUCAGAGCUGCAAAGAAAGAUCUUCCAUACGGACAAAAACCAGAACCUGUGAAGACCCAUUUGAGAAACAUGGUCGUGAUUCCAGAAAUGAUUGGAUCUAUCGUUGGGGUUCACAACGGAAAACAAUACAUAAACGUUGAAAUUAAACCAGAAAUGGUUGGAUACUAUUUGGGCGAAUUUUCAAUUACUUAUAAACCAGUUAGACAUGGUAAGCCUGGAAUUGGAGCCACUCACUCAUCCAGGUUCAUUCCUCUUAAAUAAUUUUUUCACGAUUUA